GGCAUCAAAUCAGCUCAACAGACUCAUUACACAGAUAAACGGACUAACUGUAUCCAACGGUCGCAACAGUAUGACUGCAUAAAAGCGAUACAAUCACCGAAAGACAUUUCCGCCACUACGGCACCCUGGUGCGCCAGUCCGCAUUCUUUACUCCAGAUCAUCAAAUGAGCGAUAUGGUACGGCAGCGACACGGUUAUACCAUGGGCUGAAGUCCGUGAUCCGUUUACCGACAUUUGCAGUGCAGCAAAGGUACCGUCUGGCCCACGGUCGGCACCUGUCAGAUGCUUUGUGAGGCUUAAUCCAAUACAUAGAGCGACACGCAUGUCUUGUGCCCAGUAUCUCACGAGGUCUUCUUCUCUUCGUUCUACACUCCCCAUCUGAGCGUCAGCGCAAGUGGUCGGCCAUUAUGCUUUUUUCUACUGUUGCAGCUUGGCUGUUGUGUGUCGUUCAUAGCUCAUCUGCGUGCAAAACAGACGAUCUGAAGCUCGCAGUAUCUACAUUAAACCUGCGCCUAUCCGAAGCUGCCACCAUUACCUUCCCAUGGGAUACCCGUUGGAACGAUCUCCAAGUCCGUGGCUCUUCUCCACGCAUAUCUCCCGACUACAACGUGGUGGUUGAGGUAGCGACAGAGUCCGACGUGCAAACAACGGUCGCAUUGGCCAGUCGUCUCAACAUCCCGUUUUUGGCCGUGACAGGGGGCCAUGGAUGGACCAAAACGCUCAAUAAGCUGCCCUAUGGUAUUCAGAUUAACAUGCGGAAGCUGAACACUACGACACUCAGUCAAAAUGGAAAAACUGCGAUGGUUGGAGGCGGAACUAUGCAACACGAAAUCACUCGCUCGUUGUUCGCCUUGGGCAAGUAUGCAGUUACUGGGCUUUCGGCAUGUGUGUCGGUUGCGGGCCCAUUGUUAGGCGGCGGUCACAGUCUGCUCCAGAACCAACAUGGCUACUCCCUAGACGGUCUUGUUUCUGCGCGCGUAGUUCUAGCCAGCGGAAAAGUUGUAGAAGCCUCUCGGACAACAAAUGCCGACUUGUUCUGGGCCCUGCAAGGAGCAGGACAUAAUUUUGGUAUUGUGACCAGCCUUGAGGUCCAGACCUACGAUAUCCCUUCCAACUGGACUGUCUACUCACUCGUUUUCACGACCGACAAGGUUGAGGCGCUCUUCCAGCUGAUCAACGAGUUUGAAGAGCCGGCUAUGAAACGUCCCGCGAAGCUAGCGCUUACAGGAGUGUUCGUGAGGAUACCUGCUGUCGAUCCCAUCAAUCCAGUUGUCGCAUACAAUAUAAUAUACGAGGGCACGGAAGCGGAAGCUGAACCAUACGCCUUACGUUUCAAAGCGCUCGGUCCAGUAUCAACCACAGUAUCGACGGACGUCGACUACGUAGAGCUUUAUACGGUGACUGGAAACAAUCUUCAAAGCCAAGCUUGUACGAGGAACGAGAAUAUUGCAGGAGCCGGCGUCUCGCUACCUGCUUGGGAUCUUGAAGGUGUCCGUAAAGCAUUCACAAUAUUCGGUAACAUCACAGCGGAUCCCCGCUUUAAUACUUCCAUUACCUUGCUGGAGAACUACGGCAUGCAAGGUGUACGGGCUGUUGAAGCAGCUUCCACGGCAAUGCCACCCGAGGAACGUGAGUAUCCAAUCCUCGCGUCUCCAGUGCUGUGGUGGGCUGGCGAUGAUGCGCAGACGACCAAAGACGCCUAUGCAUAUACACGUGCGAUGCGCAAUGCGCUGUUUACGGGCCUUGACAAGAGCAACAAAAAACGACACUGCUAUGUGAAUUACGCUAGUGGGGAGGAGAGUAAGCCCGAGAUGUAUGGAUACGAUGAUAGGCUUACGAAGUUAGCCAAGCUGAAGAAUGAGUGGGAUCCAGAGAACAGGUUCGGGUUUUAUAACCCGAUAGUGUAGACAUAAAAGAUGUCACGAUAUCAGAAGAUGAGGUGGUUCGAAUCAGACUGCUAUUAGACAAAAUGCAAGCAUGG